CUCUAAAAUCGGUUUCUGAACGUGAAACAGAGCUCCACUCUAAAUAUAUUAAUGGCCGCAUUAGGCAGCUGUCUGUCAGUGACAUUUGGUUUGCUUCGUGUAAAUUUUGUGAUGUACAAGUUUCGAAUCCGUCUAUUUAUCAAUGAAUAUGGUGUACAUUAAUAGAUAAUGGUUGUUUGUGUUGCCUAUUUAAUAUUUAACUAAAGACACUGUGUAGAAAUCCAUAAUAUUAUUAUUUUAUUACUAUAAUGGAGGAUCUCAAUUUGACAGAAACCGAAAUGAGAUAUUUCGGUGAUUUGUUUUUAUGUUGUGACGAAGAAUCCAAUGGGAAAAUACCAAUAUUAAAAGCAACAGAAUUAUUUCGUUCGUCAAAUGUACACAACGAUGUCCUAAAACAGAUCAUGGAUAUAAGCGUUGCUCCUAAUAACUGUGCGUCACUGAGUCAUAUGAACAGAAAACAAUUUUAUUCAGCACUGAAACUAAUAGCAGCCCAUCAGACAAAUAUGACAGUGAAGCCUGAUCUGUUGUCAACUCCUUUGGACUUGCCUCUGCCGAGGUUUACAUGGGCACUAAACUCUGAGGCGAACGCUGACCUGAUACAAUUAUCAAAUUCCCCCCAUGAACACCAACUCCACCUGAGUAAAAGAGAAAGAAACUUUGGUGGAACACUUGGUGCAUAUGAGCCUAUAAGACUGUCAUCGAACUUGUCUGAUAGUGAUGUCCCUCAGGCCCUGUCUCACGAUACUACUGAAGGACUAAGUACAGACUCGGAAAUUGAAUCUGAAACCCUGUCACAGAGAUCUGGAUCCCGUGGGAGAAGAGUCGGUAAGAAUGGCUCGCCUUGGAGUACGGCAAGCGAGAGUCCCACUCCGACGAACAGCGUGGCUGAGAGAGUACAUCCUGUGUGGGAACAUAGCGCCACCGGUCGAGGGGUGUGGCCUGCCAACACUGGAGAAGAACACACGAGACUACUUGGAACGGAAGAGGAGUCCUCAGACCGUCAUUCGUCUGAAGAAGAGGGUGAUGGAGUGGACGACAUCUGGGCCAUCAGCGACGCGCAGGCGCGACAUUACGCUGGACAGUUCGCGCAGCUGCGGCCCGAGCGAGGCAUGCUGUCUGGACAAACUGCUAGGUUAUUUUUCGAAAAAUCGCACCUACCUGUACCCGACCUGCGAAAAAUAUGGCAACUAUCAGACAUCAACAAGGAUGGCAUGCUAACACUGGAGGAGUUCAGCAUAGCGAUGCACCUGAUUGUGCUGAGGCGGAACAACAUCCCGGUGCCCGAUGUAUUACCUGCGUGCCUCGUGCCCAGGGUGGACUCACGGUACUCCAAGCAGGCCGUCACCACCGACCUCGUGGAUCUCGGCGCCGACAUGUUCAGCUCCGGUACUUCCGCAGAUUUCAACUUCGCACCCAAACCCGAAACGCACGACCCUUACGACGCGACCAAGGUGACUAAGAAACUUGAAGAGCGACAGCCCUCCCUAACCCCGCCGAAAAUUGAAGGGCAAGUGAACAACAAGGAGUGGACCAAGUUCGUAGACUCCCCCACCUCUAGUGUAUCCAGCCCGGGACCCAAACCUGUCAACUUUGAUUUUCACAAAUCUGCGGUGGAGCGAGACCCUAAGAUCUUCCACCCGGUGGCCGUGCGCGUCACUCCUGACGGUAACUCGCUGCCAGCGCAUGGCGAAGGGGACACGCGGUCUAGUACGUCGCCACGUCGCGAUGACUUCGCGCACGCCUUCGAGCUGGCCAGCCCCAAGCGACUUCACGCCGCACCUCCCGCCGAACCACCGCCCAAUGGCGCUGAGAUCAAGUCUAUCCAACGACCACAGCCUCGCAAGCCACUGAAGGCAGCCGGUGCACUGCCCCCGCCACCCGCACGAGACACCUCGCACGAUGACGGGCCGCAGUCCCUCCAGUUUGCCCCCAAGAAGGAGCCCCCGCCGCCCCCUCCCCCGCGUCCCCUGCGCAACCACGCGCGCUCCAGCUCGCUGGACCUGACGCGGCUGAAGGCGCCGGCCCCUCCACCAGCCCCGCCACCGCGGUCCUCGCCUCCCGGGGCAGAGCGGCGGUUGGCGGCGCAGCGCAGCGAGGGCGAGGCGUCGGUAGGGUCCGGGUUCCCGCCGGACCCGCUGGAGAGCGAGGCGCCGGUGAUGCACGGCGCGUUCGAGGUGUACCGGCGCGGGCGCGGGUCGCCGGCGGCGGCGGCGGACGUGCGCGCGCUGCAGGAGCAGAACGCCGUGCUGCACCGCGUGUGCCGCGCGCUGUGCGCCGAGCUGGCCGACGUCACGCGCGACCGCGAGGCGCUGCGCCUGCGCCUCGACAACUCCGCGUCCCAGCUCUAGUCACCGCUCGCUCGGAAUCUCUCGCUGUCCCUGGCGUAUGACGUAGUACUGUAUGUCGCCCCCGCGUCACUAACUCGUUGGACUCGCCCCUCGCCUUGUACUCCGCUUGCGCUGUGCCCCGACGCUAAACAUAUUUAAACGUACGUUUUGUGGAAUAUUUAACGUUAGCCGUAGUGUCGCGCAGUAUAUUUUUUGUGCCUUUUUACAGUUUGAGCAUAAGGGGUCCAUUUAUAUUUUAUUUCUAGAGGCUAUUUUCAAUUUUACUAUAUUAUUUACAAUGCAGCCGCAGUAUUGAACUUGUUUAUACUAAUUUCCGUAGUCUCAGUAGCAUUUAAUGUUAUUUGGUCACAAUAUAUCAUUUUGCAUGCAUGUAGUUUAUUGUAUUGUAUAUAAUAAAAUUGAUAUGACGUCACUCAAUAUAUUACCAGAGCUAGUAAUGUUGAAGACUUAUUAGAGUUAGGGCGAACUACUUCGGGCACAUCUAACAAACCAAUAAGGGACUGUCAUACUGAAAUAGAACCUCUGCACGCAAACAUAAGAUUUCCUUCGAAAUAAAAACAAGUGUAAAAUAGUGUCGUUUUGUAUUUACAUUUCAAGUUGUGAUCAAUUUUCGAAUCAAUGAUAAGUACCAAAAAUAUGAUUUAAAUGGUUGAUUGAAAUUGUCAGUAAUUUAGUGUUUUCUAAGAAAUAUUAUAGAGUUGAUGUAUUAUUCAGCGGUUGUGCAUGCUUACUCACUUCGUCAAUGUCGAUACUGAUCUACGAGGUUUGGUUUGAAAGGGAUAAAUUCUCACAUAACAGGAUAAUUCCAAUUUGUUUCCUUACAAAAAUGUUUUGGAACGUGUAACUCGGCGAAAGGCUAAAUAUAAUAAGAUUGAAUAAUACAUUUUGUAUGUGUUAACGAUAUUUUUUGUAAUAAAAAUUAAUAUACAGAAAAUUAUAUUCGUUACGAGGCCAAAUACUUGUGAAUCUAUAAGAUUCGUAGUUUCCAAAUUGUCUAAUUAUUGUUUUGUAUUCGUAUUCGUACCGUGGCAUUUAUAAUUUUCAUAGUUUACGUUUGUACAAUAUUAGAAAUUAGUUGUAACGCGAACAUGUUACUGCAGGGUGGCGCUAGUGUUGCUUGUUUAGCAUUCCUUAAUAUAAUUUGCUUUGUCAUCGUUGUAAGUGUAAAAUUCCAUCAGACGGAGGAGUAUUUGUUAAAAUUUUGUGAAUGUUGUAUUAUACAUUAGCUUAGCGAAUGUAAAAAUGUCAAGAGGUAAGAACUAUUGGGAAAGACGAUGUACAAGACUUGUGAAGUAUGAAGAGUACAUAAGAUUGUUAUAUGUAAGUAAGUUUAGUCGCACGGCCCCGCGGCCGCCGCAGAUGUUAUAAACUAUCAGAUUACAAUAUUAGCAACUGAAUAUGUGUUGAAAUAAAACUUGUAUUAUAAUAAGA